AUGGAGGGAGAGUGGGAAGGAUGGGAGGGAGGCGGUGGCGCUCCCUACGACGUAGCCGAGCCCUCCUAUCACAUGACGGCGCCGGCUGAUGAGGCGGUUCCGCCUGCCCCGGAGCCCGGCGCUACCGCCCGCCUGCCUGUACCGCCGGGAGGGCGGCGUGAGGCCGCUCCUGGGACAGCCGCACUCUCGGGCUGCGGGGACGAGAGUGACAAUUUCAAGAUGUCAGGUGGUCCAAGAGUCUCGUUCAAUGCAAUUGAUUCUGCUCUUUCUUCUUUGAAAAACUGCCAGUCCUACAUCAACUCUGGAAUGGAUGUGGCUACUCAGGUUGCCCUUGACCUUGUGGAAAGUUUCAAUGAUGAAGAAGAUGUAAACAAUAUGGAAAAAGUCAUGUUAGAAUAUGCUACAAUGGACAGAGAACUUAAUCAUUAUAUAAAAGCAUUUGAAGAAACCAUAAAUCAGGUAAAACAAGAAAAACCAGAAAAUUUACCAGAUUUAGAAAACUUGGCACAAGAAAAAUUCCUUGAAAUGGAGAGCAUGAACAGUGACUCAGAUUUACAAAGGAAUGAAAAAUAUAUGUAUUUUAAGGAUCAACUUAAGGAGAUGAAAAAACAAUAUCAUGGUAAUGACACCAUUGAACAAAUCGAUGAAGAUUUAGCUGUGACUCGGAGUCAGAUGAACUUUAUUUGUCCCAUUACACAGGUGACAAUGAAGAGGCCAGUGAGGAACAAGGUCUGUGGACAUAUUUAUGAAGAAGAUGCCAUUCUAGAAAUGAUUCAGACUCAGAAGCAGAAAAAGAAAAAAGUCCGAUGCCCUAAAAUGGGCUGUAGCCAUGUUGAUGUAAAAGGAUCAGAUCUUGUACGAGAUGAUAUACUUAGAAGACUGAUUGACAGUCAGAAAAAACAAAGCUGGUCAACCCAGGACACGUGAGCUGGAUAUGCUACUGCCACAAAGAAAAUUAAAUUUGUUAUUAAAGGUCUUGUGAGAUAAGUUGCUGAUUCUAAAUAGGUUGUAUAACUCAUUGUUAUUUGUUAAGUGUUUCAUUUAUAGGUAAAUCAUUGUUAAAUGUUUUAUUUAUAGCCAAAGUUGAAGGUCUCUGCUGUAACUGAAAGCAUUUUUUAAACUUAGGAAUAUAAGGAACUCCAGUUAAACUUGUUUGGGUUUUUUCUACCUUCCUGAAUUUCUAAAAGCUUGCAUUUGGUAAAUAAAGUAUGUUUUGCAGCAUUUAAA